CCAUGGCCGACGGCAGCAGCGACGCGACGCGCAAUGCGAUCCUUCUCGUCAUGGUGACCAUCGUGGUCACCAAGGUGCUCGACGUGCUCUACAAGCGGUACCAGGCUGCGCAGAAGGCCAAGCUCGUGACUCUCCAGCCGGACGCGACGGUCAUGCUCGAACUCGUCGAGAAGGAGGAACUCUCGGCCGACACGCGCCGCUUCCGCCUCGCAUUGCCGUCGCCCGAGCAUGUGCUCGGCCUUCCGGUCGGCCAGCACAUCUCGCUGCGCUACACGGACGCCGAGGGCAAGCUCGUGCUCCGCUCGUACACGCCCGUGAGCUCGGAUGACGUCAAGGGUUACGUCGACCUCGUCGUCAAGGUCUACUUUAAGAACGUGCACCCCAAGUUCCCGGACGGUGGCAAGAUGUCGCAGUACCUUGAGAACAUGGCGAUCGGCGACCGUAUCGAGGUCUCGGGCCCCAAGGGCAAGCUCACGUAUGUCGGCAAGGGCGAGUGCCACUUCAAGCACCGCGUCAAGGACACGACCAUCGAGGUGCGCAAGGCGACUAAGAUUGGCAUGAUUGCGGGUGGCACCGGCAUCACGCCGAUGCUCCAGGUCAUCCGCUACGCGCUCCGGGACCCAAGCGAGACGACCGAGUUCCACAUUUUGUUUGCGAACCAGACCGAAGACGACAUCUUGCUGCGUGACGAGCUCGACGCGAUGACGCGCAACUACACAAACGUCAAGGUGUGGUACACGGUCGACCGCCCGAAAGACAACUGGGCGUUCUCGAGCGGCUUUGUCAACAAGGAGAUGCUCGCCGCGCACAUGCCGGCGCCGGGCCCGCACACGCAGAUCUUUAUGUGCGGCCCGCCGCCGAUGCUCAAGUUUGCCGUCAUGCCCGCGCUCGAGGAGCUUGGGUACACGCCCGGUAUGCUCUUUACCUUCUAA